AUGUUCAAGAUCUUCAGCGAGCGACAAGCCAGGAAAUUCCGCAUCCAGUACUUUGACUUGGUGCUGCACCAGGAUGUGAGCUGGUUCGAUCUCAAGGAGAUCGCAGCGCUGCCGGCGGAGAUCAACGAUGACCUGGAGAAGAUCCAAGACGCUUUCGGCGACAAGUUCGGGAACGGUGUGAUGUCGGGGUCGGCGUUCAUCGGUGGUUUCGCCUGUGCCUUUGGACUGGGCUGGCUGGUGGCGCUGGUGAUGUGCGCCAUGCUUCCCUUCAUGGGCGUGGGUGCGGCGAUCAUGGGAAAGGCCGUGCAAGAGAUCCAGAUGGAGUCGCAAAGUUGGUAUGCCAAAGCGGCCGCCGUGGUGGAGGAGUGCCUCUUCGCGAUGCGCACGGUGGUCGCCUUCGGUGGUGAGUUCCGAGAGCUGAAGAAGUUCGGAGAGGCGCUGGUGCACACGCGUCGAGGUGGUGUGCGAAAUGGCUUCAAGAUUGGAGCUGGCAUGGGCUACACGAUGAUGGUGGUCUUCUUCGGCUACGCUUUGGCGUUUUGGUUCGGCAUGACCUUGCGCUACAACGGAGCUUUGAACCCCUCCACGGGGAAAGAAUGGCAGCCCGGCAACAUCAUGGCCAUCUUCUUCUGCGUCUUCAUUGGCAGCUUCAUGGUGGGCAAUUUGGACCCCAGCAUCAAGGCCAUGCAGGCCGCACGCAUGGCAGCCGGCCGUUUCUUCAAGGUCAAAGAGAAUAAGCCUGCUAUCCAGUGCUAUGGUGCGGAUGGUCGACAGGAGAUCUCCAGCAUUGAGAAAUUUGAGUUCCAGUCGGUUCACUUCAACUACCCAGCACGCCCUGAAGUGAAGAUUCUGAACGGUCUGUCCCUCACCGUGCAGCGUGGGCAGAAGGUGGCCGUGGUGGGCGAGUCCGGCUCGGGCAAGUCCACCGUCAUGGCACUGAUGGAGCGCUUCUAUGAUCCAGCCUCCGGUGUGGUGAUGGUCAAUGGCCACGAUAUGAAGACCUUUAAGAUCAGCUCUUUGCGAAGGUGCAUUGGCUACGUGGGACAAGAGCCCGUUCUGUUCGCCAGCUCCAUCAAGCACAACAUCAUGCAGGGCAAUCCAGAUGCCUCCAAGGAAGACUUCAUUCAAGCCUGUGCGGAUGCACAGCUGAACUUCGUGGACACCUUGCCGGAGAAGUACAACACCUUCGUGGGAGCCGGGGGUGGUCAACUGUCAGGUGGGCAGAAACAGCGCAUUGCCAUUGCCCGAGCCCUCCUCAAGAAGGCAUCCUUCCUCUUCUUGGACGAGGCGACCAGUGCAUUGGACAACACAUCAGAGAAGAUGAUUCAGCAGACCAUUGAUAGCAUCAGCUCCAAAUCCGAGAGUGGUCUCGGCAUUGUGAGCAUCGCCCACCGUUUGAGCACGGUGCGCAACGCAGACCUGAUCUACGUGCUGAGUCAGGGAUCGCUGGUGGAGAAGGGCAACCAUGCGAGCCUCAUGGACAAGAAGGGUACCUACUAUGCGCUGGUGGCUGCCCAAGAGUCCUCGGAGAAGAUGGAGGAGAAUGACCAGCCAGGGCUUCCUCAUGAACACACCUCGGCGAUCCUGCAGAGGAGGGAUUCGGAACAUAGCGCUGAAUCGGAGACGGCACGCGUGCAACGGGAGAAGAAGGAAGAAGAGGAGCGAGCGAAGAAAAUCGAGGAGUACAAGGUGCCCAUGUCGCGACUGUUGAGCUACAACCGUCCCGAGUGGCCCUUCUUUGUGCCAGCGGUGUUGGGCGCAUUGCUGGAUGGUGCUGCCAUGCCGGUUUGCACGGUGGCACUCGUUGGAUCGAUGGAUGCCUUCUUCAAACCCGACAAGGAAGAGAUGAAAGCCGAGCUGGAGUUGAUGGCUAUCAUUUUCGUCAUCAUCGGCGUGAGCUGCUUGAUCGGGAGCACCAUCUCGCAUGGCUGCUUCUCCAUUUUGGGUGAGGCGAUGACCCAACGCUUGCGCGUGGCCAUUUUGACGUCCAUGUUCCGCCAGGAGGUGGGCUAUCACGACAAUCCUGAGAACACCCCAGGUAUGCUGUCCAAGGCAUUGGAACUGUGGGCCUUCCGGGUGGCCACCUUGUGCAAAUCCAUUCAAGCGAAGGCUGCUGCCAUGAGCUCACUGGUGGUGGGCUUGGUCUUGGCUUUUGCAUACUGUUGGCAGAUGUCUUUGGUGAUGUUGGGUUCCAUCCCUGUCAUGAUUCUGGCGAAUGCCAUCCAGAUGAUGGUGCUGCUGGGUGCUUCGAAGAAUGAGAACACGAACCUGAAGAACGCCCAGCAGAUCGUCACCGACUCGGUGAUGAACGCACGCACCGUCCAAGCCAUGGGCGUGGAGAAGUCGUUGGUGGCGAUGUACGUGGGUUGGGUGGACAAGUCCGUGCACGGCAUGUGUCGCCGCAACUUCUUGGCUGGCUUGGGCUUCGGAGUUGCCUCAGGCAUUAUGUUCUUCAUCAUGGCUGGGGGCUUUUACAUCGCCUCCAUCCUGAUCAGAGAUGGAACUGCGGACUUCAGGGGAGUCAUGAUGGCUUUCAUGGGCAUUUUCUAUGCUGGCAUGGGCGCAGGACAAGCCGCCGUGAUGGUUGGAGAUGCCACCAAAGCCAAGGUCGCUUGCCACGACAUGUUCAAGCUCAUGGACCGAGUCUCGUUGAUCGAGGGCUUGGAACCUCGGGGCGACUCGCCGCCAGGGCUGGACGCGGGGACCAUCGAGUUUCAGGACGUCAAGUUCUUCUACCCUUUCAGGCCUGACAUUCAAGUCUUGAAGGGCAUCACGUUCAAGAUCACCGCCGGGCAAUCCGUCGGUUUGGUCGGCCCGUCGGGUGGAGGCAAGAGCACCGUGAUGUCAUUGCUGCAGCGUUUCUACGAUCCAGUGGAGGGCACCGUGUACAUCGGCAGCGGAAAGAUGCCGUUGAGCUCACUGAACAUCCGCUGGUGGCGCAAGCAGAUUGGCUUCGUGGGGCAGGAGCCGAUCCUCUUCAACACGACGGUGAAAAACAACAUCAUGUAUGGUUUGGACGAUGACGACAAGCCACCCACGAAGGAGUACAUUGAGCAGUGUGAGCAGAUGUGCAACUUGGCCUUCCUCCACAAGAACGGCAACCGUGGCCUUGAGACUGAGGUGGGCCCCCGCGGCAGCCGUUUGUCGGGCGGACAGAAGCAGCGGGUGGCCAUUUGCCGUGCUUUGAUUCGAAACCCAGCGGUGAUGCUCUUGGAUGAGGCCACCAGUGCACUCGACACACAAAGUGAGGCAAUUGUGCAGACCGCGCUGGAGGCUGCGCUGAAGGGACGUACGUCCUUUGCGAUCGCGCAUCGGCUCUCCACCAUCCAAGGCUGCGAUGUGAUCCUUGUGAAUGCUGAUGGCCGAGUGGUGGAGAAGGGCAAUCAUGAGGAACUCAUGGCUCUCAAGGGCGUGUAUCACAAGUUGCAGAUGCAGCGUGAAAAGUGCCGCAGCCGCAGCCGGAGCCGAGCGGAGUUCCGGGGUUCCCCGACGAGCGGUGGUUGGAGAACCUCGGACCUCAACACGGAGGUGGGCGUUGGAGUGGGCCGAUGUGAGGAAAGAGCGGCCGAGGUUCAGCAGAAGCACCUGGUGGACAGCCUCAGUUCUUCUUCUCGUUUUGAUGGGCGCCUAUGGCGCCUACUUUCUUCUUCGAGCUCGGCGCAAGUCCCAGAAGGUGGACGCGCGGUCAAGGUCGCGCUGCGGUCCGGGCUGUGUCGAUCACGCCCUCUCGACGGGCGCCCUCUCGGACGCGCCCCCACUGCGGAGCAGUUCCCACUGGUCGGCCAAGUAUCAAUGCCAACAGACCCUGACGGAGAGCAGCAGAUGGUCUCGGCCCAAGGCCUCCUUCUGCUGCCAGCACCAGGGCUUGGGCUGCGAAGUUUGGAGGAAAUUGCGCCGGGGCAAGUGGGGGACUUGGGCACUCGAUGCGAUAGCGUGAGCGAGGUUUUGGCCUUUUCUGGAGCUCAGAGCUGUGUCCGGUCGAAGUAUGACUGCAACCAGGGCGCCCGGAACUGGUACCGGAGCUGGUCGGGCGACCGGAAGGCCUGGUGUUGUCAGAACAUGGGCCGUGGAUGCAUGCUCUACCGAUGCGAGGGCUCGGCUUUUGAUUGGAGCAUGCGGAAGAAAGCCUGGUGUUGCCACAAUGCCUACCGUGGCUGCAAUUUGGCCGCUGCUGUAUCCAAGCCUUGUGACCACUUAUGUCUAUUGAAGGGCGAGUCCGGCACCUGCAAGAUGCACAUUCAUUGGGCAGCAGAAGGCCGCGCGCCCGGAGAUUGCACCGAUGCGCAUCAGUGGGUGCUCGCCCAUUGCGUGAGCUGCGCAGGGGUCCGGGCGAACCACUGGCCCGAACCUGGCUUCGGGCCCGUGGCCAUGUUGCGCCUGGCAGCGAGCGAGUUUGCCGGGUUUUCAACAUCUUUGAGCGAGUUGUACUGGACAUGGCGACGUUUGGACGCUUUCAUGCUUCGCCCGGCGAAGCGGAACCGCCCGGCACACGCGGAACAGCGCCGGCGGCACCGGCCUUGGGAGGAAAGUGCGAGCCACCUCGCGCCUGGCUUUGACCUCCGCCAGGAAUGUGUCCAUCGUGAGCGACGUGCACGGAAGCGUCGUACCUUGGCGCGGAACCCGCGGCAGUUCGUCUCCAGACCACGCGGCACGCGGCGGGGGAAAACGUCUCGUGUGGGUGGGUAUGGGAGGGCGCAACGAGCAGGCGCUGCUGCCUGUGCAGCCUCCUGUGCACAGGACUUUCCCGACGCCACAGAGCUCAUCGAAGAGCUCUUCGAGCGAUGGGAUAGGGACGGGAGUGGAGAGCUUUCACUCGAAGAGUUUCGAGAGGGCUUACAACGGGACGGCGCCUUCCUGAAGUCCCGCGCGAGGACAUCCGUUCGAGACAUCUUGCUGGAGCCCGUUGCAGGGCUCCUCUCACGUACCUGGGAGGGAGCAAGCGCACAUGCCGCAGCACUCACAGGCGCAGUGUGGGAUGCCACGAUGCAGCGCGUGGCCUGUGUGGGCGACGGUUGCCGCGUCGCCUGGCGAGACGGCACACGGCUGGUGCGCUCGGCGCCCACCGCCGUGGGGCAGGCUUCCUACCGAUGCAUGUUGGAAAUGAGCUCGGUGCAGACGGUCUAUUUGGAAGCUGAGCUCUUGGAAGGAGAUGCGAAGGAACACCUUUGCAGCAGCGGUCCGAUUUCUUUGCGUGAUGAAGACUGGGUGUGUUUGAGCACGACCGAAACGGCCAGCGGCGACCUUUUCAAGUUAAUGUCCUGCAUGAGAGAUUCUCCUGGCUGGACCUUCUGCUUUGAUGUGAAAGAGCGGCCAGAUGGCACAGCCAUCCUUACACAUGUCCGGGUCGUGCGGACUACUUCAGUGACCCAACGGCCUCGUCCCGCAGAAGAGUGCACCCGCGGCCACGCGGCGGACGGGCCACUCCAUCGCCUUCCGGAGGUUUUGGAUUGCACUGAGCCGGAAGUUGAGGGAUCGCAGCACCCUGCACAUCGAAAUUUGCUUCGACUCUAUCAUCAACCCACUGAAGAGAUGUUAAAAGCUGAAUUCUGGGAGGGGCUGGUGCAGCACCAGUUGAAAAUUGGUGUUGAUCCAAUGGCACUGCCCAUGCAGUGUCCGACACCAGCAGUGCCAAAGGCACAUUUGCAAGAGAUGGGCUACUGCCGUUUGCCCAUGUCUUUCAGUGGGAUGCAGGACAUCGUUUUGGCCAUGGAGAGAUUCCAACACCUGGGUUUUCCUCCUGUUUUUGUUUUCAUGUUUGAUGAGCCCUGGCGGAUGCUUCGUGAGCUUUUUCCACUGGUCGCCACCUUGCUGGAGAAGGAGGAGAAAGACGUUCAGGUGAGCCUUUCAGUCUUCGCUUGGGCUCUUCGCCCAAGUUCCGCGGACGACGCCGAACGAGACGGCAGAGACGCCUUCGCUGGAGACGCCUUCGGCCAGGCGCAUCGCGACAAGAGCUAUCGGGAGUGUCAUACGGCAGAGGGACGCUUGGGGAUGCUCACCACUUGGAUCCCCUUGGUGCCGGUCACGGAAGAGGACGGUUGUAUGCAUGUGGUGCCGUCCAACGGAGACGAAGCGGAGGAGCUGCCCUGCCGGGCUGGAGGAGAAGCGUUGAUGUGCCAAGCAGGAGAGGUGCUGAUUUGGAAGGCCAACCUCAUCCAUUGGGGCGCCCGCGCCACGGCCUUCGUGACGGAGGAGGUCCCAGCCUUUGGGGCGCUCGCCACGGUACCGGCCACCGAGCUGCCCCGGGACGUGGGGACACGGCUCAGGGUCAUCUUGAAAUCGCUCUUGCAGUACAAGUCCUGGUAUCCCGAUUUUCGCGGCUUCGACUUCCUGGCUGGAGAGAAAAAGACGCGAACGCGAACGCAGUGCUCAGAUGCAGACACGGUGGUCAUAGCGAGACCGGUGGUGUACAACCUGUUCUCUCGGCAGCUGGCUGUUUUCGUGCCCAACUUUUGGGACUCGACAAAGAUCGAAGCGGAUAUUUUCCUGCAGCGCUCGUUUUGGCUGCGCAAUCUCACCAUCAGCCCAGCAGCCGCUUCACUGCUCACGGCGCUCGCUCCACCGGGCUUGAACUUCACACGGGUCUUCAUCAGCGAUGCGAAGGUGUCGUGGAACAAUCUCAUGGCCCUCGACUCCAGUCCCAUCGUCGUGGAGAUCGACCGAAUCUCAGCAGAAGCCAGUGAGCUACCUGCUGGUGGGGAAGAAGAGGUGGAAGACUUGAUCCGUCAAUGGCUGGAUGUGUGUGGUGGUGUCCAGCCAGAUCCAUUUACAGGCCGUUAUCCGCUCUUGGAUGCAGCCACCUUCCGCGUGCACCACGUGGACCUCACCAUCACGAGCCCGGCCCGGUAUGGCUUCCUGUCCGUGUCCUUGCGAGGGCUGGAGGUGAAAGCCGUGAACAAGGAUGGCCAACAGCAAGACUUGCUGCACAUGCUGGAACGGUCCCAGGACUGGGAGAACAACGCCAUUACGAUGUCGCGCUUGGUGGAGUGUAGCCAGGCAUCAGCCCGCUACCUGAAAUCUGGAGUAGGGCUGCAAGAUGGACACUUCAGCGAUUACUUGUUGGAACCCACACCUCUUAGCCUGCUUUUGCAGCAAGUGAAGAAUGUGUCAGAUAUGCGGCAGAUCUUCAAGCAGCGCUAUACUGUUUCGGUACCCAGUGGUCGCUUGUUGCUUUUGGGCCCCUUGGCCGGAGAGCAGACCGAAGACCUCCCAGACGUCCCAGCGGAUCCACGGCUCUGUCCCUUCGACGUUCCCACGCCCGAAUGGCGAAUCCAAAUGGCCAGCCGCGAUCAAUUCGAUUGGAUCUUUUCGGCAUGGACCCUUGAAGCAGUUGGUGAAGACGGUUGCAGUGGCAAGCAUGGGUGUUGGAAUGGCAGUGGGAGUGUUUUUCCUACUUUGCCUGGCCAGCAACUGCUUUGUUACAGUGAGGCCUAG